CCACCCCACAGCCGCGGGAUUCAAACUCCCGGAAGCGGCUCCCGCGCCGGAGGGUGAGACUGGGCCGAAGCGAGGCGCAGCGCUUCCCCUCAGACAUUUUCAGAGAUGUCUUCCAGAAGUCCCAAAGAGUUAAUUAAAAGUAAAUGGGGACCAAAGCCUUGUAACUCCAAAUCAGAAGCUGCAUUAGAAAAAUUUAGGGGAGAAACUGCAGCCUUAAAAACAUCGGUGGAUGAAAUUGCAAGCGGAAAAGGAAAGCUGACUGAUAAAGACAGACACAGACUUUUGGAGAAAAUUCGAGUCCUUGAAGCUGAGAGAGAGAAGAAUGCUUAUCGCCUCACAGAGAAGGACAAAGAAAUACAGCGACUCAGAGACGAGCUGAAAGCCAAACACAGCACUACUGCAUUGCUUGAACAGCUGGAAGAGAAAACAAAGGAAGGUGAAAGGAGGGAACAGCUGUUGAAAUCCUUGUCUGAAGAGGCAGAUGUAUUGAAAAAACAGUUGUCUGCUACAACUGCAAGACUUGCUGAACUUGAAGGCAAAGCUGAUACACUUUGUUUAUCACAGACUGUGGCUGCAAGUUGCUUCAGUUCAUCAUUGAGUAAUCAUGAAAUGGAAAUACAGCUGAAAGAUGCUAUGGAGAAAAAUCAGCAAUGGCUUGUGUAUGAUCAGCAGCGAGAGGUCUACGUAAAAGGACUUUUAGCGAAGAUCUUUGAGUUGGAACAGAAAUUGGAAACAGAUGUUCAUGCACUCCCACAGGAGACAAAAAAGACUGAAUCAGAAGGUUAUCUUCAGGAAGAAAAGCAAAAAUAUUACAACCAUCUCUUGGCAAAUGCAAAAAACGAUCUUGAUGUGGAACGACAAACAAUAACUCAGUUGAAUUUUGAACUUAGUGAAUUUCGAAGAAAAUAUGAAGAAACCCAAAAAGAAGUGCAAGAUUUAAAUCAGCUGUUGUGUUCACAAAGAAAGGCAGGUGUACAACAUCUGGAAGACGAUAGGCAUAAAACAGAGAAAAUACAAAGGCUCAAGGAAGAGAAUGAUCUUGCCAGGGAAAAACUUGAAGAAGAGAAGAAGAGAUCUGAAGAGCUCUUAUCUCAGGUCCAGUUUCUUUACACGACUCUGUUGAAGCAGCAAGAGGAGCAGACAAGGGUAGCUCUGUUGGAACAACAGAUGCAGGCAUGUACUUUAGACUUUGAAAAUGAAAAACUUGACCGUCAAAAUAUGCAGCAUCAAUUGCAUGUAAUUCUUAAGGAGCUCCGAAAAGCAAGAAAUCAAAUAACACAGUUGGAAUCCUUGAAGCAGCUUCGUGAGUUUGCCUUCACAGAGCCAUUAGUCACUUGCCAAGGAGAGACUGAAAACAGAGGAAAAGUUGCCUUACCAAAAAGUCCUACUGCUGCACUAAAUGAAAGCCUGGUGGAAUGUCCCAAGUGCAAUAUCCAGUAUCCAGCCACCGAACAUCGAGAUCUACUCGUCCAUGUUGAAUACUGUUCUGAGUAACAGUAUAAUUAUUCUUUGUUUUUGUGUCAAAAGAUUCAGUACUGUAUUUUACAUUAGCUUAUGGACAUUUUGAAUUACUUAUUUCACCUCAGAUCAGAAAGUGCCUAUAUACCUUUGAGACUCUGGCAUAGGAGUGAAUCAUUGUAUUAUUAUUAUUUUUUGCCUGAUUUGCAUUUCCUUGGCAGUGAUACCUCCCUGCAGUGGUUCAUCUUGAGGCUUUAGUGACAGAAUGUGGAGAGCAUUGAAUGCUGAGAUGACUAAGAUUUUGCACUGUUAAAGUACUUGAUGGAGAAAAGAUAGUUCAGGUUAUUGCUUGUGGGUCAAAUUUGUUACACCAACAAGCAACUAUUUUAUGUUUUGUGGAUUUUUAAAAAUCAAAGGUAAUUAACCAGGGAUCUUAUUGUGUAAGUAUUUUUUAAUCCAAGCACUUAUUAAGCCUACAGUUCUGAUUUUGAUGUCCAUUGUGAAAAGAUGGUGAUACAUUUUUCAUUUUUUUUUCCUUUCUAUGAUAGAGCGGUUAUUAGAAAAGUUGGGGAUUUUCCUGAUCUUUAUUGCUGCUGACUGUUGAAACUGUAAACGUACCUGUGUUCUAAGCACAAAGCAGAUUCUGUUUAAGGAAUAAUCCUUAGUAGCCACACACAAUGUUUUCUGUAAUGUUAACUGGCUAUAACUUUAACUUGAAUUUCAUUAGCACAUGUUGGUUAGCUAAAAUUGUUAAAAUGAAUUUUGACAAAACCACCUAGCCCUCUCUUUUGAUUUGCACGUGUUUUAUUUAUUUAUUUUUGGCGCUCUCAAAAGCUGGGCGAUGUAAUGAGCAGAUAUUUGCUUAUCUGAAUAUAUAUUUUUAUACAUGCGUGUGUAGACCAAGAAAUUUUUUAUUUCUUCAGGUUUUCUAAAAUGCUUAACACUGGGCUACUGUUAGUAAUGUAGAGGAGAAAAGAAUAAAAUUAUAUAAUAAGUUUUGCUCUGAGGAGUGUAUAUGUAUAUAGACAGGUAUUGUAAGAUUUCUGCCCUGAGAGGGGUGCCAGAGAGUUACAGAUAAACGUACAGUGUAAGAUGAUAAGGUGGUUAAGGAUACCUUGGAACCAAAAACUGCAUGAAGCUCGGAAAGUUUAAGCAAAAUGCCCAUAAUCAUUAAAAAAAGACAUCCUUGGAUUUCAGACUCCAGGUUGAUUCCAAAGCCUGUCUUCUCUCCACCAGAAAACCCUUAUGAAUUCUCCAAACUCAGUAUCCUGAAGUGAUAUAACUGGAGUAAUGGGAUGUUUCUUGAGUUACAGAAAUGGCAGAACACACCUGGUCUCUUUCAUCCCUCUGGUCUGGGAAGUUCUGCCUUGUCAAACCCCUCCACCUGUUCCAUGGAUCCCUGCUGUGCCAAUUCGGCAACAUCUUUAAGUUCAUUCUCCAAACGUUUAUGAAAUGCCAACUACACGCAAGGCUCUGGGCUAGGUGUUAGUGAUACAGUGAUAGUAAAAUGCAGCUCCAUCUUCACAGUCUGGUAGAAGGGACCAGCAGCUAAACGUGUAAGUAUAAUAUGUUGUAGGAAGUGCUAUAAUCAAGGUAUAUGUUGAGUAGAGGAAUUGAUUUAUUUAAACCCUGCUUUAGUCUAAUAAAGAUUGGAGGUCUGACUCUUCAAAGAUAUGUCUUAUACUAAGAUAAAAUUUGAAAGAAGUAGGAAAAAGCAAUAGUGAAACAAGACUAAGAAGUGAAAUGGAGCCACUCGCAAGGGUAGCCCCAAGGCAGGCCAUGGGGCGCUUCUGAGAGGGGAGCCCUGAGUCUGAGACUGAGCACAGAGAAGCAAUCCUGAACCCCAUUCACAGCUGAUCUUCAAGAGGAACACCACUGUAGUGAUCCUGGUACUGAGAUUAUAAAGAGAUGCCUCCAGUGUGCCUUUGCAGAGAAGAAAACCUGUAACUAGAGGUCCGUGGCCUCAACAACAACCUCGCCUUAAACAGCAGUGAAUUCCACUCCGCUGAUUUCUUUUUAUUUAUUUAUUUAUUUAAUUUUUGGCUGUGUUGGGUCUUCGUUUCUGUGCGAGGGCUUUCUCUAGUUGUGGCGAGCGGGGGCCACUCCUCAUUGCGGUGCGCGGGCCUCUCACUAUCGCGGCCUCUCUUGUUGCGGAGCACAGGCUCCAGACGCGCAGGCUCAGUAGUUGUGGCUCACGGGCCCAGUUGCUCCGCGGCAUGUGGGAAUCUUCCUAGACCCGGGCUCGAACCCGUGUGCCCUGCAUUGGCAGGCAGAUUCUCAACCACUGCGCCACCAGGGAAGCCUCGCUGAUUUGUUAAUGAUAGGGGUGAAAAACGUCGUGUCCAGAGGCAAUUCCAUAAUCCUCAACGGCAGGCAAUACUAUACUCUCCCAGUAUGUAGCUCUCUGCUGCUGUGGCUUAUCCCAGAGUAAAUUUUAGUCAGAGGAGCCAACUCAAAAGCCCCCCUCUGACGGGCCACAUGGGAACUCCAGUGAGCCAGCCUGCCAGCCGGACCGUGGAAGCUGGAAAAUGCCUGUCUUCACCCAAAGGGGGCGCAGCUGCUCAGCUCCAGCCAACGUCGUAUGUGAAUGCAAGCCCAGUGUGGCUGAUCUUUCAGAUUUUCCAAGAGAAAUAUCGUAUUUUUUUAAAAAAAUAAAUUUAUUUAUUUAUUUUUUA